AUGUGUGUGUGUGUGUGUUGUGCACAACUAUUUAUCUGUUUCAGCCAGGGAGCGGAGACCAACGCUCCUCCUAACGCGCAGUCCUCCUGCGCGAAUCAUCGGACAGCUUCUGCUCUCCAGGACUAAAUCGAUUAAAACCAAGUGAAACAGGAGACAAACGUUGUGGGGGAGAAAACUCGGCGGAGUUCGUGACUUUAUUGAUCCAAACACGGAGCUCGCGCUGAUCGGUGGUAAAGUCACGCGGUGACAGAAUGACGAAGCUGCGUUUUCUCAUCAGACUUUUUCUCUGCGCCGUAUUUUCACUACCAAACGCAAUGCAGGCUCAGACAGGGCUCCCACCGGAGUGUUUGCCUGGCGGCCACAUGGUCCUCCAGAACCCCCACCGCAGCACCACCUUCAGCUCCAGCAGCCUGCAGCAGUCAGCGCCGCAGGACAUCAUCUGCGACCACUCACUCACUCCAGGCUGGUACCAGUUUCAGAUUUUUGACAAGCGUGCCAGAAUGCCCACACAGUGUGUGGAGGUAAACCACUGUGGGACCCAGGCUCCGGUGUGGUUGUCUCUGGGAGACGGUGAGACCCUCCCGGGGUCACUGGAGGUCAAGCAGCUGACGGCCUGUGCUGCCUGGAAGAUCUUUCAGAGCGGCAGCAAAGACUGCUGCAUGUUCCGCAUCCCGGUCACCGUCCGGAGCUGUGGAGAUUUCUAUGUGUACCUGCUGCAGCCCACACCAGGAUGCAUGGGCUACUGUGCACAAGAGAUGACAGAAAAUUUACCCACAAUGCCUUCUUUCCUCUGUGGUCCUGAUGAGGUGAACGCCGGUGGAUUAUGUAAAACUGAGCCACCUCCCGCUCCCUCUGUGCCUGUGAUUGUCUCAGAGGUGAAAGGUCACACCAUGUACCUGAGGUGCAGCUUUGACAGCAGCUCCAGCAGCUCUGUGGGUUUUGUGGUGGCCUGGUCGCGCCUCUCACCUGAGGGCAGGAAGGAGGAGCUCAGGCAGGAGGCCACCAUCCACACCUCCGCCCUCAUUGAGCUGGAUGGCUUCAACCUCCGACUGGGGGACAGGAUUUACUGCUCCAGCUUCAGUUUCUUGUUGGAGUCACCAGAUAUUCGAGGCGCUCCCGUAGAAAGUCAGGAGUUUUUCGCUGGAAUAAAGUUAAAACCAGAAGUUAGCCGAGUGUCUGAGAACGGGAGGCGGCAUCGGCUUCUGGUUGAGAGCUCGGUUCCGGUUCCAUGUCCGGACGGUUCUUUCUCUUCUGCAGAGAAGUGCGUUUUAUCUCUGCAGCUCAGCACAAGCAGUGAAGAUGAGGAUUUGCUGGGUGCAGAUUUGUCUCUGUCAUCUUGUAAAGUGGCUUUAUCUCGGGGUCACUGCAGCGGCCGGGUCUGUAGCCGGGUUCUGGUCCACUUCAGUCCCAACACGGACUUUAUCAAAGACGGUGAACGGAUCAGUCAGAUCUCUGUGAAACCCGUCGUCACGCAGAACUUUCUCUGGAACGGAUACUCGCCAGAACCUGUUCAGAUAACUAUUACUGAUGUUCCCCCAGCUUAUUGCUACUCCUUCACGGACCCCCACAUGAUCACUUUUGACGGCAGACACUACGAGAAUUAUCAAAUAGGCACCUUUGUUCUUUACAAGAGUGACCUUUGGCCCUUUGAGGUCCAUGUCCGUCAGUGGGAAUGUGGCAGCCUGGUGCACGCCGCCUCCUGCGUGUGUGGAUUUGCGGCGUGGGACGGCGGCGACGUUGUAGCCUUCGACAUGUGUGACGGCGAGAUGGGCGAGACGAAGCCCCGUCUGUCUGUGAAGAGCACAAACGCUAAACGAGUAAAGAGCGGCUUUCGGAUCAGUGAGUCCUACCAAGGACGCAAAGUCACUAUCACGUUUUCCUCUGGAGCAUUUGUUCGAGCAGAUGUCUCAGACUGGGGAAUGAGUCUGACUCUGAGGGCUCCCAGUUCAGACCAGAAUCACACAGUGGGUCUGUGUGGGACGUAUGAUGGACGGCUGGACAAUGACUUCCACUCAGCAGGGGGCGCUGUGCUGGAGAAGCUGCAGGAUUUCAUAUCUGAGUGGAGACUCCCUGCAGGCAGCAGCUUGUUUGACUCCAUGCCAGCCGGUGUGAACACACCAAACAUCCACACAUACUGCAACUGCCAAGCAGAUCACCUGAAACCAUCUCUCAGAUCUGGAUCCAGCUGCUCCAAUCACAGACUUGUCAAUUUUCUGACUUUUAUCCCCGCUCUGGAUGUCACAGCUAAAUACAUCAGUUCAGUGGAGCUACAGAAAGAAAAUAAUAAAAAACCACAGCUCACUUCUGGUCGCAGUGAAAGUUCCCCACAUCCGGAGAGCUUCUCAUACUUUUUCCCAGAGGAUCAUGAGUUCUCGGUUCAGCCAGACGGACUCCCAAGAUGGCCGACUCCUGCUGGUCUAACUCAGCAGCAGGCUCAGGCUCAGUGUGAGCGCGCAGUGGGAAACUCGAGUGUCGCCGUCGGCUGCCGGCUCCUGUUAGCGGGUUCAACAGUUAGCCGAGUAGUGGCCAUGUGCGUCGCCGACCUGCAGCUGAAAGACGAGCCGUCGUGGCUGAACGCCACCUUGCCGCUGCUGGAGAACGAGUGCGAGCGAAAGCUGGUGGAGGAGCGGAGGAGGUGGGAGGAGCACCGGGACGCGGCGUCCAUCCUGAGGUGUCCGGACCUGUGCAACGGGAACGGCCAGUGCUCCGAGUCGGGCUGCGUCUGCUUCCCUGGGUUCGGUUCACAUGACUGCAGCGAGCUGACGGACCAGAUUCCAGAGAUCACCAAGUUGAGGAAGGACGGUCUGUGCAACAUCCGUCAGGAAGACUGUUCCACCAUCCGGGUCUCUGGUCAUGGUUUCAAGGACUCCAGCCAGCUCACGUGUGAGUUUGUUAAAGAAAAGAUUGAAGACGGGGAGUCGGUCACGGUUUCUCCUUGGUUUGUUCAGGCCACUUUUCUGAAUGAAACAGGUCUUGAGUGCCGGCUCCCUCUAGAGGACAACCAGGGUCCUGCAGACACGGUGACAAACCGAGCUGUUACGCACUGGCAGAUCAAAGUUUCAAACGACGGCUACAGCUACAGCAACGCCAAGAUCCUGACUCUGUAUGACGGAGGCUGUCAGAUCUGCAGCCUCGACACAGAAAUCAUGUGCACCCUCAGGGAGAAGACCUGCAUCAUUGGGGAUUUGUGCUACAAUGAAGGGGAGUCCAAUCCCAGCGGUCCUUGCUUCACUUGCCGUCCGGACCUUUCCAAACACACAUGGUCCAAAGCUGAGAAAAACGAGCCUCCGUUGUUCCAGCCGCCACAGAUCCCUCUCCGCUCCUUCCAGGAGGAAAGUUUCAUCUACCAGCUGCAGGCUCAGGACCCUGAGGGCUCCGCGGUUCUUUUCAACCUGGUAUCGGGUCCAAAAGGGGCUUCGCUCUCUUCAGCUGGACUCCUGAUGUGGAAGGCAACCUCUGAACCCACAGACACCCACACGUUCCAGUUUGCUGUCACUGAUGCCUGCAGUGCAGAGACGCUCGCCUCAGUCCAGGUUUCUGUGCAGUCCUGCGAUUGUCUCAACGCUGCGUCCUGCAUCACCAAUGCGAACUCCCCGGUCGGAAGCGCUGAGUAUGUCUGCGUCUGUCCUGAUGGGUUCACGGGUCGGCGGUGUGAGGUGGACGUAGACGACUGCAAGCCGAACCCCUGCAGGCUGGGCCGCUGCGUGGACCGACCCAACUCCUUUUCCUGCUUCUGCCCUCCUGGAAUGACGGGACGAACAUGCAGGGAAGAUGUAGACGAGUGUCUGUCCCAGCCGUGCUUCGCUGCAGUGAGCUGCAGCAACACUCUGGGCUCCUUCGUCUGUGGAUUCUGUCCACCAGGAUUCACAGGUGAUGGGAAAACCUGCCAAGAGGAAAGCACCACAGGUUCUCCAGUGAGAGCGCCGCAGGUUUCCCAGAGACCCAAACCGUCGGGUCCUUCGCCGUGCAGCAGGACGCCGUGUUACCCGGGGGUUCUGUGCUUCGAGAGCGUCCAUGUUUCAGCCGGGUUCGCCUGUGGACCCUGUCCUCCUGGUCUCCAAGGAAACGGACAAAUGUGCACAAAAACGGGUCAGGAAACACUCACCAGCGGAGCAUAUGUUGGGACUCCUGUGUCUAAUUCCACCUAUGAAAGGACCCACUCCACCUCCUCCUCUUCCUCCUCUUCCUCCCCCUCGUCGUCUUCUUCUUCUCCUGCCUCAAACAACCAACCACCGGACAGAAAGUGGAGACCAGACACUAGAAGAGCUUCUUUCAAUAACAAGCAGCCCACUGGUUCUCCUCAGAACAAAACAGGAGUUCGAAUAUUUUCUCCCUCCGUCCACAGGGGGCAGCAUAGCACAGUGGCGCUGUCCUCGGAUACUGGUCACGUGACCUGCUCAGAUUCUCCCUGCUUUCCCGGUGUUACCUGUGAACCGACGCGCUCAGGAUCCCUCAGGUGUGGACGCUGCCCGAACGGUUACACCGGGGAUGGACUCGUAUGUAAAGCUGUUUGCAGAUAUCCCUGCGGGCAGAACAUGGAGUGCUCUCUGCCCAACACCUGCACCUGCAGAGAAGGUUACACCGGAUACAACUGUCACACAGCCGUGUGUCGGCCUGACUGCCAGAACCAGGGCAGGUGUGUGAAGCCCGACGUGUGUGAAUGUCCUGUGGGCUACAGCGGGCCGUCCUGUGAGGAAGCGAGCUGCGAGCCGCCAUGUCAACAUGGAGGCACUUGUCUGGCCAGAAACCUUUGUACCUGCGCCUACGGCUACGUGGGGCCCAGAUGCGAAAUCAGUGAACUAAGAUCAGUGCCAAACUGUACUAGAAACCAGACCAAAAAUACUUGGGCUAACUGGGCCGAUCUGUUUCUCCCAGUGGUGUGUAGCAGGCACUGUGAAAACGGAGGCGAGUGUGUUUCUCCAGACGUCUGCAGAUGUAAACACGGCUGGAACGGACCAACAUGCAGCUCAGCUCAGUGUAACCCCGUCUGCCUGAACGGAGGAUUGUGUGUGAGGCCAAAUGUCUGCGCCUGUCCCACUGGCUUCUUUGGCUUUCAGUGCCAAAUUGCUGUUUGCAGUCCGCCCUGUAAAAACGGGGGUCAGUGUAUCAGAAACAACGUCUGCUCCUGCCCAGAGGGCUACACAGGAAAAAGAUGCCAACAAAGUGUCUGUGAGCCGACGUGCAUGAACGGAGGGAAGUGUGUCGGACCGAACACGUGCUCCUGUUCUUCAGGCUGGAGCGGGAAAAGAUGCAACAUGCCCGUUUGUUUACAGAAGUGUAAAAAUGGCGGCGAGUGCGUGGGAGCAAACACGUGUCAGUGUCCUGCCGGCUGGGAAGGGCUGCACUGUCAAACGCCCUCCUGCAGGCGGCCGUGCCUCAACGGCGGGCGGUGCGUGCUGCCCGACUACUGCCACUGCCGCAGAGGCUUCAAGGGCCUCACCUGCGCCGUAAAGGCUUCACACGCAUGAGAAGAUUUACUGCAAAAAGCAUAAGACAACCGGAUGUGUUUGAAUGUAUGACGGAGAGCAAAAUGUGCUCAUUUCUGCACGUUUCAGCUGAGGGAGAUGAUUUAUUGCACUUGUGUUUUUGUCCCUGCAUUUCACUACCUCAAGGCUAAAAGUAAAAUCUGUUGAAUUCAUUUAAAUACUUUAAAUAUAGACGACUCUGUAAGCAGUGGAUGAACAUGUCAGAGUCAGGUUUUAAUAUUUUAAAAACAAAACCAUGACAGAAAAUAUCCUUUUCCAUUAUUUUCUUUAAUAUUAUAGUUGAUAUAACUCGUAUAGUCCAACAGAAAAACUAAACCUCAUUUCAGUUUCUGCAAAUGAUUAAUUUUUAAUGGAAAUGCAUCAUUCAGUUUUCAGUUCAAUCUUGAUUUGACAACAUUUGUUCUUGCAAAGAUUUUCCAAAUCUAUCAGAUUGACAAAAUCUCUUAAAAACGCCUUCACUGCAAAAAAAAGAUUUUCUUGUUUUCCAGUUGAAUUAUAAAAAAAUACGUGUAACAUUAAAGAUUUAUCAGUGUUUCAUUUUAUAAAAUCACAUCAGGAGUGUGUUAUUGCAAUUGUUACAAUUAUGAUAUUUUAACUCAUUUAUUUUACAAACAUUAACUUCCAGCAAAUAUUUGAUGGCAAAAAUUAAUUACAAAUUUAAGUUAUGAUUCUGCCAUAAACAAAUUAUAGUCUGUUUUAUCAAAACGCUUAUGUUGUAUUUAUUUACAUUUAACACAGAUAUUGUUGAAAGCCUAUUUAUAAACAUUCAUGUUUUG